CGCACCCUGUUCAGGAAGGCUGGACUUGGAUUAAUAGUUUAGGGAGAGGCUUCAUAUAUUAAAAGGACAGACUGGGAAACUACUUCAUUUCUCCUGAUCAUUCCAGCUGAAUUCUGUUUGUACAGCUUGAAAAAAUGGAGCGUUUGUCUUCAGCAAACACACAGUUCUCUCUAAACCUCUUCAAGAAGGUCAGCAGAGGAAAUGCAUCAGGAAAUGUGUUCUACUCUCCUGUCAGCAUCUCCUCGGCUCUGGCCAUGGUGUCGCUCGGAGCGAAAGGAAACACAGCGACGCAGAUGUUUAAGGUUUUGGGCUUUAACAAUCCUGCUGAACCCAGUGCUGUGACUCCAGCAUCUCAUCAACAAGCCCAGAAGCCCCAGAAGCCCCAGAUUCCCUGCGGAGUCAAGAGCCAACCUGAACAACCAACGGCGCAACAAACCCAGAAGUUUGAGAUACCUGCCGAACUCAAGAAAUCUCCUGCUCAGGCAGUACAAACUGAGGACCAAAUUCAUUCCAGCUUCAACAAGCUCAUGAGCGAACUAAACAAACCAGGAGUCCCAUAUGCGUUGAGUCUCGCCAACCGCCUCUACGGAGAGCAGUCCUACCAGUUUGUCGAGAAAUUCCUCAAUGAUGCAAAAAGAUACUAUGAAGCUGGACUGGAGAAGGUAGACUUUAAGAAGAAAUCAGACGCUGCACGUGUUGAUAUUAACAAAUGGGUGGAGAAAAAAACACAAGAUAAGAUCAAGGACUUGCUUCCACAGGGAUCUAUCGAUGCGAUGACGAAACUGGUCUUGGUGAACGCCAUCUACUUCAAGGGAAACUGGGAGAAGAAAUUCCCAAAGGAAGCUACGAAUGAUGGACAGUUUAAGCUGAACAAGACUCGUACUAAACCAGUGAAGAUGAUGUAUCAGGAAUCAAAGUUUCCUCUGGCCUCCAUCCCAGAGAUGAACAGUCAGGUUCUGGAGCUGCCGUAUGUCGGGAAGAAUCUCAGUAUGUUGAUCAUCCUUCCUAACGAGAUUCAAGACGAAACCACUGGCCUUCAGAAGCUUGAAAAGGCACUGACCUACGAGAAGCUCAUGGAGUGGACGAGACGUGAAAUCAUGCAUCAAGAAGAAGUUCAAGUAUCUCUGCCCAGAUUCAAGAUGGAGCAAACCUAUGACAUGAAGAGUCUUCUGAUCAGCAUGGGAAUGGAGGAUGUUUUCGAUGGGCAGAAGGUGAAUCUUUCAGGCAUGUCGCCCAACAACGACCUGGUGGUGUCGAAGGUGAUUCAUAAAGCCUUUGUUGAAGUAAACGAGGAAGGAACCGAAGCGGCUGCGGCCACCGGCAUUGUCAUCUCAACACUUUCAAUGCCAUCACCCCCGAAAACCUUUAAUGCAGACCAUCCGUUCCUUUUCUUCAUCCGUCAUAAUCCCUCCAACAGCAUUCUGUUUUAUGGACGCUUCUGUUCUCCUUGAAGAUGGUAAAGAUGGAGCGUUAAUCUGGUUGCAUGUGUUCCUUUGAUAAAUAAAGAAUCCGCUGAGUAUGUAAAUACAGAGUUCUGAUGCAAAACAUGCUACAAAAUGGGGAAAUAUCUAUCUGUUUUUGGAAACUGGAAGUGAUCUAAAACUCCCAAACCGUUUCAGUUAUAUAUUGAAUUUACAAAUAAUGUUAGAGUCCCCUUGUAAACAACCUCAUAUGCAGAAAAUUGGGUUGCAGGUCUCUUGUGGUAGAGUUGAAGAAAAAAAUAAAGUCAAAAGGCAAAAAGUCUCUUGUUUGUUAAGUCUCUUGACUUAAAUGGCGACUGUAGUUGCAUCUCAAUUCACUGGCAUAAUUAUACUACAUAAUAGGCUAUAUUUAAAUAUAAUUAUAUAAUUAUAUCACAUAUGAACAAGGUGUUUCAUGAGGCAUG